GUGCCUCAUACACUGCAGUUUCAGACAUAGUUUCUGAUGUCACAGAAAACCUGACAGAGGUGUUCAAAAAGGAGGCGGUGCUGAAUGUGAGGAGUCACUCAUGUUAGCCGUAGAAGUCCAUAUGGAAUCUGUCCGGAGGCAUGAGACCAGUUUCUCAUUGGGAAAGCUGCAAGAUCUUCUAAAUCUAACUCCAGAAUCAAUGGAAGACAAAAACCCCUGUGCAGACCUUCACAUGGAAGUCACAUCUGCUGAUAAACACAAGACUGAGUUAGAGGUUCUGCAAACUGAAGAAAGCAGCUCUUGGGACUCCAUCUGGGAGCCAAAGUCGCCAGGUGCUUUGAGGUUACACACUGAAAUGGAGUUAGAUCUGCCUCUCUCACCGUGUAAUGACACGCCACCAGACCUGCUUCUGCCCGACGGGCCGCUGUCACCUGAGCAGCUGUCACCUGUUUAUAAACAACAUUUCAUGUCAGACAGUGAUUUUGAAAAUAGGGAGAAAUCUGUUUGGAUGGCAGAGAAACAUCGCGAGUGCGUGGUUGGAUUUUUUCUAGCUGAACCCCAGAUGUCCAAGCCUUCGGUUCACACUCAGACACUCUCGGACCUUCUCAUGCUCCUGAAGGUGAAGAGUGAACAUGUCGAGAAUAUGGACCAGCCUCACCUCACUGACACCAGAGCGAUGCUUCCCAAGAACUUCGCAGAUCUGUCUGUCUAUACUGAGAACGUCCAGACCGCCGAUAUUGAGACACACCAGAUUGACAAAUUCUCCCCACUGUCCAUUGUGCAAAUAGAUGAGAUGCUGUUUGCUGCAGGUUUUGCUGACCGUCCCGCUGUAGUCCCCCCGGCCCAGAGUAACCAUCCAGAGACACACGAGGACGAAGAGAAGACCGUCAAGUUAUUAAGAAUGGAGCAAACUAGAGAAAUCAACUGUAAAACAGCACAAACAGCGCAGCGCGUGUCAAACUCGACAUCCUUUAAACAUAAAGCACCGGAAAGAUGCCCUGAGAGAAAUAACUCCAGAACGAUUUGUCCGUCUGGAGAGCAGCCCGGCUUUUCUAAAGAGGUGUCUGAAUCACCUCCGUCGAAGCACAGAGAUGUGAAAGUGAUGUCAACUGUGCAUGAACGUCCCGAACGGUGCGAUCAAAACAGAGAAAGAAUGACCUGUAGAUCAUCACAGUUAUUAAACAGUUCCAACGGCAGACAGGUUAAUAGUUUACAGGUUAAAUCUCACGAGAGCCUGGACCCUUUAUCCUUCUUCAUGAUGUUAAGAACUUCACGGAAAAGUCCAGUCCAAACACCUCGACAGAGCAGUCCAGCAUCUGCAGAGGUGAACGUGAGACAGAUUUUGACAGAAAACGCAUUGCCCGUCCAGAGAGUGAACACAGUAAAUCUGGUCUCGAGCGCAGAAACAAAUGUGACAUCGACUGAGAAAACCUUGACCCGUGAAGAGAGACCCAUCAACAAAACCAUAUACGUUCAGACCACAGCGAUCCAGAGAAGCGCAUACAGAGAGCUGAAUGUGUUGGCGGUGCCUCGUCUGAGCAGAGCGGUCGAGUCGGGCGUCACCGCUUUGAACAACAGAGACUUUGCUACUCUGUCACCCGAACUCAUGCGCUUCCUCCUGAAGCAACAAGAGAGAAAACAUCACACACAGCAGGGUGCAGACGGUGUGUUGGAUGACAUCACUCUGCUGCAUGUUCUGGUCACUCUGAAGGAACUUCUGCUCAAAUGUGACCUUCACACGGCCGCUGAUUACCUGAGUCAGGUGAGGAGCUCCUGUCAUCUCAAGUGUCUGGAGGAGCUGAGGAAGAAGUUUGAGGUGUUGCAUUAUCUCAGUCUGAAGAGAUCAGAGCCCGACCCGAAACUACUGGAGCUUCAGGAUCAAAUGAGCACAUGGAUGAGCUCCAACAUGAACCGCAACAACAGAGUUCUAGUUUUGACCGUGAAGCCUGUAAACACAGAAGUGCUCGCAGCUCUCAGACAGGCAUCGGGAAACUCUGUGUGCGCAGUAGGCCCCGAGGAAGAGAAGAGCAAAGUCGUCUGCAGAGACGUGAUGAACAGUCUGUCCGGCAGCAGGUGUGUGGUGUUGUGCCGUCAACACAUCGGGGCUGAUUUCCCAUGGCGCAGUUUCACUCUGGUGUUUGAGCUUCACUGUGUGGAUCACUCGCCCUUCAGCGGUUUGUGUUCGGAGAGAAACAUCAAGUACAUCUCCUUCUCCACGGCUGUGCCUGAAUUCAGUGACAUUAGUCGACAUCUGGACAGGUAUGAUAUGACUCUGCUGGAGAGAAAACACCCUCCGUCUGCACAGAAGCUGGGCGGAGACCGUUAUGAUGUCAUCACUGUGGAUGAAAACACUGCCGUGUUGAUACAGGAGCUGAGCGAGCUGGAGAUGGAGAAAGCGUCUAAUCGUGUGGUCAUGAGACUGUCCUCUCUCUCUCUGCAGUUCACACGCUGCUGGCUCAUCCUUCACUGCUCGGAGACUCACAGAGCGCUGAUUUCCAGAAGCAUCUAUAUAAAUCUGGUUCUGAUCUACUCUUCAUUCGUGCUGUUCGGACAACAGCCUGAGAAAUUUGAUGUUAAGGUGUUACUGGCGUGUGAGGAAGAAGAACUAGCCAGAUACAUCUAUCGGAUCUCUGUACACGCGCUCAUGAGCUCAGACAGAGAUGCUUUGAGCUGGCUGGAUAGAGACUGGAUCAGUGUACAGACCACAGAGGAGGAGCGUUGUCUGCUUCAGUUUCCCUGUAUCAAUCCUCUGGUAGCUCAGCUGAUGUUAAGCAGAGCUCCGUCUCUUCAGUGGCUCCUGGAAGCUUCUCUUGUUGAUCUGCAGGAGAUGUUUCCACAGGUCCCUCAUAAAGUCAUUAAGCUCUUCAGUGACAUUAAAGCAGAACACAAAGUCAAAACAGCUGCUUCAGAGAGUGAGGAUGAAGCUUCCUCACAGACAAACAUCUCAGCUCAUCUUCCUCAUCCUCCUCAACCUCAGACAGACAUCUGUCAAUCACAGCAGUCUACAGAGUACUUCACAGUUUCUCUCUCUGGACGGCAGGAGGGGAAGACGUCUGUCGGCCAGUUUAGAGAGCUGAUUGGUCAGCCUCUGUGUUUUACACAGGAAAAUCACAUCUCGGAUCCAGCUUGGACCUUAUCAAACACACUGUUCAGCCAAGAUUCAGCAACGGUGAACGUCUGGCAGCCGCAGGAUGAAGGACACGUUCAUUUCAUCUCAGAUCUAACACCAGAGGAAGCUGCUGUCCUCUCAGGUCCUCAGAUGCCGAGCUUCAGAAACACUGUGUGUGAAUUCAGCUGUAGACGACAGGAUCAGACCCGCUGGACAUCCCCGGAGAACACUGCUGAUCACAGGACAGAAGAGAGGAAGAGACAGAGGACUGAAGACGCAAACAGUGUGCCUCCGCUGUGUAAGAGAGGAAAACUGCUGUGUGAGAGAGUUCCAGGCAGGAACGAUGGACAGACCAGACUGAGAUUUUUCUAAAACAGUAACUCAUCUUCUGAGUUUUUAUUUGAUACGUUUCAUUUUGAGUGUUUAUGUAUUAUAUAUGUGAUUGUAUGU